AUGAGUGGUUGUGUUUUUACUUCACAAAAUGUGGCUUGUAACGAUACUAAGUGGUUAACAUUUACAGACCUAGCAGAACCAGUCGACCCUGCAUGUCGUAUUGACUAUGAAUUAGCCCAAGGAUCCAUUUUAUCUCAGGUGCCCGUCUUUCGUAUUGAAUUUCGGCCUUCAUUACAUGUGCAAGCGGCGCGUUUUGCUUUUUAUCAAGCUGCCGUGUCAGAUACCGAUCCACGAUGCCAACAAGGGAAUUUUAGUAUUGGUUUAACGAAUUUCGCCGAAGUUAUGUCGCAUCCAACCAAUAGUAGUGAUCCUACGACUCCAUUAUUAGAAAAUUAUUUAUCUCCUCUAAUAACCCGUGAAUGGAUUUAUGGUAUGAAUGCACGUCGUCAACAAGUUGAUACAUCAAAUCCGCCACAUUACUUUACCGUAUUUACAAAUACUAUUUCCUCUGCACUGCCGUUAUCGUUUCCCAUAUGGACCAAAGAAGAUUUUGAGGCUGAUCAAUCCACUGCAGUUGCAUUUCAAAUUACCAUUUAUAGUAAUACGUUUUUCCGACAACAAGUCGUUGAACGUCUGAUUCAGCCAAAAGAAGCAUUUUUAACCAUUUUAUUAGCUAUUAUCGGUAUUUAUCAUAUAGUUCUUUUUGCCCAUGAAGUAUCGCAAGUCUUAUUAAUUUCAUGGCACAUAGUUAAAAACAAUCGAGCCUUCGCUGCCAUUAAGGCUCGGCUUUGGUAG